AUGGCCAACUGCAUCUUCUCCGCCAUGGCAGCGAACCACCAAUCCUACAUGAUCCGAUUCGACGGCCACUCCGAUGAUCCGUCGCCGAGCUCGGCCGGCGCCGAGCCGCCGGGCCCGCCGCCGUUCGCAGGGAGGAGGAUGAUCUCCCCCGAGCAGGAGCACCAAGUCAUUGUCGCCGCCCUGCUGCACGUCCUCUCCGGAUACACCACGCCGCCUCCGGAGGUCUUCCCACCGCCGUCGCCAGCGGCGUGCUGUCAGGUGUGCGGGAUGGAGCGGUGCCUCGGUUGCGAGUUCUUCGCCGCCGGGGAGGGCGCCGCGGCGGCGGCGACCGCAUUGGACGGCGCAGCGGCGCCGGGGCAGAGGAUCAGGCGGAGGAAGAAGAAGAACAAGUACCGCGGCGUGCGGCAGCGGCCGUGGGGGAAGUGGGCGGCGGAGAUCCGCGACCCGCGCCGCGCCGUGCGCAAGUGGCUGGGGACGUUCGACACCGCCGAGGAGGCCGCCAGGGCCUACGACCAGGCCGCCAUCGAGUUCCGCGGCCCGCGCGCCAAGCUCAACUUCCCGUUCCCCGAGCAGCUGACGACGGGCGCGGGCCACGACACCGCCGAGGAGCCCACCAGCGCGGCCGUAUAG